CAUAAAUAUUAAUUAUAAGAUUUUUAGUUAUACAACUACAUCAGAGUACAAAUUGAUACCAAAACGGUAGUAAGGUUAUCCCUUGUAUCUAUUAUUGUUUACUACAAGUGAAUUUUUUUGUUUAAAAUGCAGAUAAUAAUAUUGCCGCUGUUGCUGAAAUUCUCAAUUUUGUUAAUUAUGCUGUUAUUUGUGCAACUGUCUAAUGCUUUUAUAGAUUCUCCUUCUUUAAUAACAUUCCAAAAGAGACAAGUUGAACGUCAAUUCCAAGACUUAGAAUACUUUAAAAAGAUUAUUGACUUUUUAUCUAGUGGUAAUGGCAAUGGCACUGAAGUUUCAAUUGAAAAUGGCAAUAAUGAUCUCAAUUUUGAUCAAAGUGUGUUUGAUGCUUAUGGAGUAAAUACAGAAGACAAUUUAGAAAUUAAUUCGGACUCAAAUGUUGUUGUUGAUCACCAUCCAAAUAUUCUUGAUUCUUUAAAUGAACUUUCAGAAUAUGAAACAAAUCAUGAUACACAGACUGAAAAUAUUAUCCUCAAUAAUGGAAAUGUCGAAACUCCUGGCACUAUAGAUGAUUUGCUUCAAAAUGUAACUGCAGCCUCAUCUUGUGAAGAUGAACCUAAAAAGAAACCUUCUGUUCAAGUUGGGGUUGGUAUUUAUUUUGAGAAAAAAGUUAAAGUUGAAGAAGAGAAGGAAGAGGAAGAUGAUUGUGAACCUACAAAGAAAAAGAAAUGGAGUAAAUUCUUCCCAUUCAAUGUUGCAACCAAUGUUUCUAGAACAUCUGAUGCUUCAUUUCCUGGAAGAUUACAUAUUAAUAGUACAUUUUUGGUAUCACCCGCCUCAAUAGGAUCUCACAAUUUAUUUAAGUCCACAACAUUUGAAGAAGAAAGUCAAAUCGUUACAAAUAGUUCUCAUUAUUACCACGAUAAUCAAUUACAGGUUCCAAAAAAGAUUCAAUUCAACGAAACGACAAAGAGAAGAAAACUGAUACUUAAGAAAGCAAGAAAAUCCUCAAAUGAUACUCUCAGUAAUCACAAUUAUACUGAAACUACUACAGCUUUUAUUCAAGAUAUCCAUGACUCAUCAUCAUGUAAAAUUCAUGACUUAUUAUACUUAAGUAGAGCUUAUUUUCUAGUAUGUUUUGGAUUCAUCAUAUAUUUGCUAUAUUGAGAAGGAAGAAAGUGAAAAAAUUGUACUGAUGUAUGCAUUUAAAAUACGUGAACAA